CCCCCACCACAUCACCCCCCUUCCCUUUUCUCACUACACUAUAAACUCUCCUUCAACUAACACUUCUUAGUCAAAUUCGUCAAUUCAAAAUCCAAGCACACAUAAACUCUCACUCUCUUUCUCUCUCCUACUCCCUCUUUCUCUCUCCACCGCACGCGCCGCCGCCAUGUCGAGUCGCCGCCUCCUUAACCACCUCUCCCAACUCACAACCGACGAAAACUCCCGCUUACUCCACUGGCAUUACUCCGAAUUCGACGACCAUAAUUUCCAAAUCCACGGUCAAACCCUCUUUUACCUCUUCAUCCUCUUCUCCAUCAUCCUCGUCGUCACGCUCCUAUUACUAUACGCGCGGUGGUACUUCCGUUUCCGCCACGCCCACCACGCGCACUACCACAACUCACAAGCGCACGCAUCACACGCGUCGGCAAACCCGGCCGUAUGCCACGGCCUAGAUCCGAUGGUCAUCAAGACCAUGCCCAUACUCCUCCACCAACGGUCAUCCGUUGGAAGGGAAGAUGAGAUGGAGUGUUGUAUUUGUUUAGGUGUUUUUGAAGAUGGUGAUAAAGUCAAAGUGUUGCCUAAGUGUGAUCACCGAUUUCACUCGGAUUGUGUAGAUCGUUGGCUUUGUACUCAGUCGAGUUGCCCCCUUUGUCGACUCUCUUUUCGAGUCGACCCGCCUUCUGACCCGUCGGUAAUAUUAGCUGUGUAAUUUUAUUUUAAUUUUUUUUUUAUUUGUUUAAUACCAAAUCGAAAUUUACCCACUUCUAUUUUUUUUGUGGGUUAGUUGGUUAAUUAGAGAGGAAGAUUUUGAUGCAACAACCCCACAAUCACAUAAUCGUGAUUCAGCGGAUUUGUUGAAUUUUUCUCUUUUUAAAUCAUUAUAAUUAAUAUUUUUUUUCAAUAAUUUGUAAAAUUGAAAUAAGUGUGACAGUCGUACCAUAAAUUGAAUGUGUGACGCGUCACUUAGACGACAGAACUGUACUUAAUUAUUUGGUUGUGUAUUAUGGAGAACCAGAAAUUUUUUCCAGUUCUUUUAAGUUGUAAAAAUCAACCCUUUGUAAUCCUAA